AUGAGUUACUUUCCUCGAACAUCUGCUCAUUUGAUGAGAAAUGUUCUGGCUCAAAAUAAAGGAAACGUAUAUCUGCGAAUCACCACAUACGCGACCGAUAUCCCGAUACAAAUCCGGUUCAGUGGAGUUCGCUAUAUUAGCGGGAACCGUGGGGGAAAACAGCAACAACAUAUAAAUACUGCGCCAAUAGAAUUCACUCCCAAUUUUGGGUACGGUGAUAGGGUUCCGAAACUCGACAAAAAGGUAGAAUCCACUGCCUUGAAGACUCUACGAUGCACAGAUGACGUUUCAAAUGCUUCGGAAGCGGGAGCCUUGCCCGAUCCAAGCGCACAGCUGCCAUUCAAAGUCAAACUAGUAGACCCAAAGGAAAGGAAAUCAAAAAGGUCAUCACAGGCAACCGGCCAAGGUUUCGACUUGCAGACUUUAAAGAAAAAAAUUAUAAUUCCCUAUCUUCAAUUGACCAAACCUCGGCUCACCAUUCUGGUGAUGUUGAGUGCCAUAUGUUCGUAUGCCCUAUCCCCGUAUCCGGCUUCGGUCAGUGAAUUACUAUGCCUAACGGUGGGCACUACGUUAUGUUCUGGUUCCGCAAAUGCUAUAAAUAUGGGCAGAGAACCUGAAUUUGAUAGGCAGAUGGUCAGAACUCAGGCGAGACCUGUUGUUAGGGGCGAUGUUACACCUGUGCAGGCAUUUGAGUUUGCCGCACUUAUCGGGUCUUUAGGUGUGUCCACUUUGUACUUUGGCGUUAACCCUACCGUGGCUAUACUCGGUGCUUCGAACAUUGCGUUAUAUGGCUGGGCCUAUACGUCUAUGAAAAGAAAACACAUCAUUAACACAUGGCUCGGUGCCCUAGUCGGAACCAUUCCUCCAUUAAUGGGAUGGGCAGCUGCAAGCCCCCUUUCCCAUCCAGGGUCUUGGUGCCUAGCCGGGCUAUUGUUUGCCUGGCAAUUCCCACAUUUCAACACAUUAAGUCAUAACCUUCGAAACGAAUACAAAAAUGCCGGAUAUGUUAUGACUGCCUGGAAAAAUCCCUUAUUGAAUGCCCGGGUUUCGUUGAGAUAUUCAAUACUAAUGUUCCCUCUUUGCUUUGGGUUAUCUUACUUUAAUAUUACAGAUUGGUACUACCAAAUAGAUUCCGGACUCAUAAAUGCAUGGCUAACGUUUUGGGCUUUCAAGUUCUACUGGCAACAAAGAAUAAACUAUUCCGCAAAAACAUUGAAGGACAACGUUAAGUUCAAUAAGGGUUUGAGUGUAGCCAACAUAUAUGCAAGGAAAACAUUCAUGGCGAGUGUUUUACACUUACCGGCGAUUUUAAUACUUGCUAUUAUUCAUAAGAAGGGCCGCUGGGAUUGGAUAUAUCCCGGUGAGGCAAAGCGGCCACAGGAACGUUUAUAG